AUGGAUGGAAAAGAUAUAUCAGAUGAUAAAGGCUCAUUGGAAUAUCUCCCAAUCUAUUCAUUUCUCUUUUCAAAUAUAAAAGGCUCUAGUUUAUAUAAUGCCUAUGACCAGGAUGAAGUUGAAAAUAAAUUGGUUAUCAAAAUCGAUCAAGACAAUCGGGCUUCAAAGUUUUCUGUUGCAGAUGAUGUUUCAGAAGUAUAUGGUUUACCGGGAAUUCAUGAAUGCAUUAAUGGUCAAAAACCUUUAAGAGCUGUAAUCGAUAUCGAUGCUACAUAUGAUGAUAUGAAAGCAAAUGGUGUUAAUUGGGAAAACAUUCUCAAAGGAUUGGUUAUCACUACAUCAUCAGUCCUUAGCAAGUGUAGUUACCAUAUUCUAUAUGUAUCAGCUCUCCUUAUCGAUCAUCAUGAACUCAAAGCAUUCACAGAACUAUUUAGCAAAAAAGGUUGUGUGAAGCGUAUCCUUCAGUUUUCUCUUGAUAAUAACUGGAAUAAACUCAAACACGCUAGGGUUCAACCACCUACUAGCUUAGGACUUGAAGUAAGACCUCGCAUUCUUAGCGUGAAAAAAAAUAAUAAUCCAUUACCAAAGGAAGAGACGAAGGAAAAUUUUAUAUAUUUUAACCGAAAAGCUUCACUAGAAUGUCCACUUUGCAAAGGUUUACAUGACAAGGAUCAGCGGUGGUUCAGUCGUGUAUGUGUUAGCAGUGGAAAAUUCAUCAUAAAAUGCUUUCGACAGAAUAGUGAUGAACUAGGGGAAAUUUUUGAAUGUGACCCAUCUAUUGCAGAAAAAAUUCGGCAAGAAAAUAAAAAGUUUCUACAAUCCUUUCACAAGGUUAAGGUUCUGGAUUUCACUAAAGCCUUCUUAAAAUUCCCAUCUUGGGUCAAAUAUAAUGACCUCUUUACAGCUACAGAAAUGUAUGAGGAGAGAUAUGUAAGACCAUUACCUAAUAAAGGCGAUAUUUAUGUGGGAUCACCUUGGGAGACGGGAAAAACAUAUAUUCUAGAGUAUCUUACUAUAUCUGAUGAUGUGAAUUUACUAGUAUUAUUCACGCGUCACUUCUAUUCGAAUGCUGUUACUACAAGACUUAAUCUCAAAUCAUAUUGCAAUAUCAAUGUAUCUAUAAUUACUCAAGCUCAAAGUCGUUUAGCAGGGCAAUCAAUAGAGAAAUUAUAUAAAUUAAUCCAAGAGGCUAGACGUAUUAUUGUCAUGGAUAAUGACCUUACUGAUCUUAACAUUGAAUGGAUUAAGAUCCUUCAAACAGUAUUAGCUGAACUUUGGGAUUGGGCUAAGCAGAUGAUUUCACUAUCUUUUGAGAAACGGAAAAGUGCAUUACUUAUUUGUCACCUUAGAAAGGAUGUACAAGGGAUAGUUCGUGCUCUUAAGACCGAUUUUUCAGAACUACGAAUCAAGGAAUAUUAUGGUGAAUCAGAUCCUGAGGAAAAGGCUCGCGAUUUUAGCAAUGUAGAAGAAUCUUGGAAAGACUUAAACCUAAUUGCCUAUACUAGCACUCUAAAAAUAGGAGUAUUAUGUACCAAUCCUAAGGAUAUUGAUUCUAUUAUCUGGAAUAAAGAUGUACCAACCAUUCAAUUAUGGGUAGCAUUCAUAUUAGAGAAAUUUUGUUUUCAACGAUUAUUUGGUUGGAGAAUGAUCGAUUUUCUCAAAGAGGCAGGUAUGAUAAUUUCUAUCAUAGAACCAAUUCUUAAGUCUGAUAAAAAUGUUGUAUCAUUAUCUCAAACUGUGGAGGUGAAUUCUUCUAUUGUUAAAGCAAAGGAGAUUUCAGAUAUAGCUAAUGCUAAUAUUCUCGAUCGUGAGACUGCUGAAUUUUUAGAGAACAAGCCAAAGAAAACUUUAAAAGAGAUACGUUCUUUAGACCGACAUCACAUUGCAGAUUGUUAUGAGAUUUCUCCUGAAUUAUUGACUGAAGACUUUAUCUCAAAGUAUGGGAAUUAUAAACAUAUGAGAUGGUUUAGAGCUUAUAGACAAAUAUGA